CAAGAAACCAUAAUGAAAAGAAUAAUUCUUGUACUUGUCGUGACGCUUUUGUCCAUGGCCACAGGUAUAGCUGUUGAAAAAUGGCAUAAGAGUGAAGAUGGCAGUCUCUUUUAUAUCGAUACGGAAGCUAAGUACAAUUGGCAUGGUGCUUGGAAUGAAUGUGCACGGAAAAAUAUGUCACUGAUUGCAAUUGAUAGCCGGUAUAAACACUUGCAGAUCGAUACAUUGAUUAAAAAAUUAUUCGCUGCAUGUCCCUCAUUUUGGAUUGCCGGCCAUGACAAUGCCAUUGAUUUGCGUUAUGAAUGGGCCACCAGUGGUGAGAUUUUCUCGUUCACCAAUUGGGGUCCCGGCCAGCCGGAUCGUCUGAACAACAAUGAACAUUGUAUUUUGAUUUGGCAAAAUACUUGGCAGUGGUACGAUUUACCCUGUGGUCAUAAAUUGGGUUUCAUUUGUGAAGAGAAUCGUUAUAUCAAAGAAAAGGCCAAGGAACUGGAAAUUCUUAAAAAAGAGUGCCAGAAAGAUGAUGAUGUGGGCAAAUCUAAGAAUAUUGCUUUAUUUAUUAAUUCGAAGCCAACUUUUGAAUAUUUAAAGAGUUCAAAUUGAAAAAAUAAAGAUUAUUAGUUUUUUGAAAUUGUUCAACUA